CGUAAACAUUGUGUGAGAAAAUAAUAAUAUUCGUGGUAUUUAUACCAAAGUGAGUUAUUCGGAAACAGUGCAUUUUAACAAAUUCAUAAUGCCUUGCUUAGUAAUAUUUGGAAAGCAUUUUACUACAGACCUGGAUUGCACAGAUGUGAUGUCAUUGAAACAUGAGAUUUCGCAAAAACAUGGUGUUCCAGUAGAAGACUUGUUAGCUACGCUCAAUGGCAGAUUCGUGUCUGAUGAUUACGAUAUCACAGCAAGCAAUAGUGUUAUUCGGUUGACCACUAAACUCAUCGGUGGGAAAGGCGGAUUUGGAUCUAUGCUGCGUGCUAUUGGUGCACAAAUCGAAAAGACUACAAAUCGUGAAGCUUGUAGAGACCUCUCCGGGCGUCGCUUGCGUGACAUUAACGAAGAAAAAAGGCUAAGAAAGUGGCUGGAAGGCCAGGAAGAGAGGGAAAAAGAAGCUGCUGAGCGAAAACAGAAGAAACUUGAGAGGCUUGUGGCAGAACCAAAAAUCGAAGUGAACUUAAACCCUGCUUAUGAAAAAGAACGUCAGGACUUACCAGAGCGUGUAAACUCUGCUGUGGAGGCUGGCUGGCAGGCAGCAGGCUCCUCAAACACUUUAAAGCGGAAGUCUGACAAUGAUAAAGCAAAACCAAAGAAGGCUAAGCUUUGGAUUGAUGCUGAGUUGUCCGACUGCUCAUCUCUGAGUGAAGAUGAGGAGGAAGAAGAGAAGAGUUCGAGUCCUAGCCAGCAAGUGUCAACAGACAGCGGGAAUGAGUCUGACAAGGCAUCCACAAGUAGUAAAUAAUAGAAAAUGGACCC